GUUUUUAACUCAUUGGAAUCAUAUCAACAAUCUUCAACCUGAAACCGAUUCAAGAAAGAGAGAAACCCUCAUGGACUCCAAUAAUCUUGGUCAGAAAGAAAUAGAUAAUGAGCAAUUUCUGAAAGCAAAACAACACGUCUCUGCAGCAAACAGAGAAGAAAGCUCAAGAUCAUCUUCAUCAAUGGCGGGGAAGGAUCAGAAACUGCUAGAUCUUGCACUACACAAAGCUGCAAAACACUGCAACGUCGAGAAGUUCAUUAAUGAACUAGAGAAGGUUUCAUCAUCCACUCAACUAGAAAUCUCCACCAUUUUCAACCAGGAAAGCCCAUCUGGUGAUUCGCUUCUACAUUUAGCAGUGAGUCAUGGGAACGAAGACCUAGCGGCUCAUAUAGCUUCUCAGUUUCCCUUCCUCAUCGGCAAGAAAAACAUCAAAGGUGACACUCCGCUGCACGUGGCGGCUCGAGCCAGAAAACUGAAUAUAACAAAGAAUCUUGUUCGGUGUGGGAAUGAAUAUUACAGGGGAGGGUCAAAGUUGUUUUUGAGGAAGACGAACGUGAAUGGGAACACGGCGUUACAUGUGGCGGUGAUGAGUCUUGAUUAUGAAAUAUUAGGGUUCUUGGUUUCGGCUGACAGUGAGUUGAUUUACAUGAGGAAUAAAGAAGGGUGGUCGGCAUUGUAUAUGGCUGUGAAAACAGGUGAUCUGCAGACUGUUAAACCACUUUUAGAAGCUCUGGUGAUUGAUGAUAGUACAUUGAAAAAGUUAGAAGGGAACUCACCAGUUCAUGCCGCCAUUAUGGAGAAGAAUUUAGAUAUGUUGGAAGAGAUAGUGAAUCAAAAACCGGAACUAGUUAAAGUGAGAGACGGGAAAGGGGGAACUCCGCUUCAUUUUGCAGCAAUGAUAGGGUACCUUCCCGGAGUUCAGUUCUUGUUAAGAAAUUGUAAUGACACAAGUGCUCUUCAAAAGAAUUUACAAGGAUCUUUGCCUAUUCAUCUAGCAUCUCAAAGUGGUCAUAUUAAAGUAAUUCAAGAUUUACUUCAGAAAUGGCCUGAUCCAAAGGAGUUAAUUAAUAGAGAAGGUCAAAAUAUUCUUCACGUUGCAGCUAAAUGUGGAAGAAAUAAGGUGGUGAAAUUUAUUCUCAAGACUUCUUCAUUGGAAUCGUUAAUAAAUGAGAAAGAUCGAAAUGGAAAUACACCUCUACAUUUAGCAGCAAUGAAUUGGCAUCCCAUGGUUGUUACUUCUUUGACGUGGGAUAGUAGAGUUGAUGUAAAACUUGUCAACAAUAGUUGCUUGACGGCUCUCGAUGUUGCAUUGCAGAACACCAAGGGGCAAAGGAUGUUUCGAGAGAAAAAAACAAUUCAAGUGUUGAAAUCUGCUGGUUCAAGCCGAAGUUUGGAUUCGAAAAUAUUCAAGCAACAAGGACAAGUAGUCCCUAAAAACUUUGAGCCACUCCAAAUGGAAUGGAUUAAAGAUAGGAUCAACACACUUUUACUAGUGGAAACACUUGUGGUAACUGUGACUUUUACCGCUGGUUUCACCUUACCAGGGGGUUACAAUGGUUGUGAUUGUCCUGACAAAGGAAUUGCAACAUUGUUGAGGAAAGGAAUGCUUCAAGCAUUUGUGAUUUUCGAUACCUUAUCAUUUUACUCUUCUGUCAUCGCGCUAGUAACGCUCAUGUGGGCUCAAUUAGGUGAUGCUUAUUUAGCUCUUACAGCUUAUACACUCUCCAAACACUUGUUCGGGGUUUCCCUUGCCUUGAUGUCCUUGGCAUUCAUGGUUGCUAUCAGCAUAGCAAUUAGCAAACUAACUUGGCUUUUCGUACUUGUUUUAACACUAGGAACCAUUUCCCUUAUCAUCUUCAUGAUGCAUUUCAUUGCACUGAUUUUCCCACAUGGAUCUACAGCUCGAUUCAUGCGUUACAUCUCGUACUACAUCAAUUUAGUUUUGAUUCCAGCUUCCGGGAAUUCAAUGAGAUUUCCGGUUAAAAAUAAUAACACCAACAAUUCCAAUCGGUAGUUAAGGAGGGUUGUGAAUGCGUAUGGUUUCAGCAGAUUAUAAAUCAAGAGACCCUAAUGAUGUACUUGCUGAUACAAGAAUGAAGGAACAUCUGAUCAAGAAUUGAAACUGUAAGUGGGAAACGACUCUUAGAGUAACAAAAAUUAGAAUCAGAGUGCAAGAUUUCGUUUAUAGUAAGGAAAUGAGAGAUUUCUACAAAUAUGUAGGAAAGCUAUGUAUUAUGUAGUUGUACUUCAAAUUUAUAAUGAUAUAUAUAUUAGCAUUUGUAGUAAGAAGAUGAGAGACUUCUAUAACUAUGUAAGAAAAUUAUA